GUAUCUACAGUCAAAAUAUUAAUAACUUGAAGAUCUGUCUAUAUAAUAACAAUAUCAUGUCAGAAGUGUUUAAUCCCGAUAAGAAACCAGAUUUAGAAGUUUUAGACCCCGUAUUGGAAGUCAAUGAAAAUAUUGCAGCUGAAAUAUUUGAUCGACCGCAGGAAGAAAAUGAAAUCGAAGAAAUACCACCGAGAAUAUUUGGUUUGAAAUAUAUUACGGAGCCAUUGACGCUACGGUCUUUAAAAAAUGCCGUCUAUGAAUUGGGAGUAGUGAAUUUAUGUUGGCCUGAAAUUACGGAUCCUGUGUUUGAAACAAGAACUUGCUUUCCAAAAAGUUAUUAUACGAAUAGUUCAAAAGAACGUCUUCUUCUUGCAUAUGCUGAGAAUUUCAGGAGGCAAUUUCAUUUUCAUUAUAAUGGAAGGAAGCCUUUGUUGCUGCAAGCGCCUAAUGAAUGUGGAUUGCAGAAAAUGGUGUGUACAACUAUCAGACCAACCAAGCUCUGCUAUGCCGAUACCAGUAACUGGGAAGGACUGGCAGCUUUAGUGUCCGACUACUUCGACUAUGAACCACUUACGAAGCCAAUGCUGCACCCCGAGCGCAUCAUGUCUCCAUACACGGCUAUCAUCAGACGCAGCGGUAAUCCAUUCGAGUUGGCCCACGUGCUGGUGUCCUGGCUGAUCGGCGCUGGAUACGACGCGUACGUGGUGGUAGGAUGCGCCAAAAGGGACACUUGUAUGGCUAUUCGGUAUAGGACUUUGUGCCCUGAAGUACCUGAUGAGGCAGAGAAAGUGGAAGCACCACAAACGUCAGGUGAAGAGCCCCGAUACAGACUGGUUCCAUUGCCAGAUUUGACAUCGAAGUAUGUUCUAGAAAGGGCACAAAAAGAAGCCGACGAGAAACAAGCGGCGAUAGAUAAAAUAGAAAAUGAACGCUUAAAGAAAAUUUCUGAAUUGGAGAAACCACCACCAGAUCCUAUUGACGGUUGGCGCACCCAUGCCUGGAUUCUGGUGUUACCUGGAUUUAUGGGAGUUGAAGAACCCUUUUUCAUAGAACCAAGUGAAGGCAAGGGAUAUCCACUUGAUGCAGACAAAUACCAAGAUAUUGACAGCGUUUAUAACCAUGAAAAUUAUUAUGCGAACCUCCAAGGCUGCGGCGCAGGCCUGCAGAGCAUAAGCUACGAUCUCUCGGAGCUGUCAUGCUGGGAGCACAUGCUGGCCGGCGAGCCUUAUUACCGAAGGCAGCUGGUUGGCAUCGACGUCACCGACAAACGCACUGCUGUGGAUACUGAGAAGCAUCUGGACGUGCCAGCCAGUUGGGUUGAGAAGCUUGAUAUCUCUGCUGAUGAAUACGAACAAAGAUAUCCGGGAAGUCAUAAAGUAAUACACUAUAAGAAAGUGUUGUUGGAGAAAUUUUCGCCUUACUCCCAGAGGGAUGGCAUCGUGAAACGUCUCAAGAUCUUCGAAGAUUAUGCUCUAACCGUGCCUUUGAUUACCUACGAAUGGUACAGAAACAGAGAAGAUCUAAUGGACGCGGUGAAAAUAGACCACGUCAAACGAGUGAUACGAGAAACAUUCGGCAUUGGGCGUAAAGAUCACUUGCUGAAGCAUACGUACUCGCUAGACGCACCAGUAACGUCCGUAGAGGGUGUUCGUACUCUAGAAUUUAACUACUACGCGCGUUUGGACCAUCUAACGAAAUUGGUCUGCUCCCCAUUGACCUUCGACGAGUAUUACACUAAGAGAGAUGACAGACUGGAGUCAAGAAUGGUUAUCUACACCGAAGGUACAAAAGCCGAACCCAAACGACAAUUCAAAGAUGUCAUCGAAACGUACAGUCGCAAUCCCGAUAUACCAGCAAAACUCGAUGUGUGGAAAAAGAUAUUCCACAUUCAAGAAAACACUAUUGAACUUUUGUACCACUAUGCGUACAAUUUUGUGACGAAUAACACGAGGAGUUAUAUCAAACCGAAUCUGGCGGAGACUGGGGGGAAGAUUCUUUUCUAUCCCGAUAAAACUUCUGGAUAUAUUGCUGAUCCUUGCGCCAGACAACCGCGACCUCUCGACGUUUAUUACACUCUUUGCGAAAACAUGGAAUGGGAAUAUAAAACGAACAAGCACAUACGAGACAGAGAGACUGACAUCAACGGGUAUUUAAGGCAAAGGCAUAAGGAGCUAACUGAGCCCGUCCUGUAUGUGUCUCUGUUUGACACGGAGAGAAACGAAGAGGCUAAGAAAGGUUGGAAAGAACAGGAAGCGCAAAAAGCCGAAGUAACUGAACGAGAGAAGGAAGCUGAGAUAGAUCCUCUAGCACCGUAUCUGGCGCGCAUGUUCGGCUCCGGACAUGGGACAGGAGCUCCGCUUACGAUAAAAGAAGCCACGUUGGUCCGGGAGCAAUGCAUUAACGAUUUUAAGAAUAAGCAGCUGAUGAGGCAGAACCUUGUCCAGGCGAGAUUUGAAAAGAUGAAUGCUGAAUAUAAGAACAAGAGGCUCUGGUACCUCGCUAAUCAGUUUAUUCUAACACCAGAAAAGGAAAGUGCUUAUUUUGCUACAAGUGCGGAGCUGGCAUUCCGUGUGCAUACACUGGAGGUACGUCUGACGAGACACCGGGACCUCUCAGGGCCUCGGUUCAAAGCGAUGAUGGACUACUUGGAUAAGCAUCCACUCCUCAAAGAAUACAACCGCGUCAGAUACUAUUAUGGCACGAAGUAGUUUUACAUUUUGUUAUGUUUUUACUUGGUUGUAGAGUUUUAGUUGUUAAUAAAUUUUAAUGAUGUUAAAAUAUGCU